AUCUCGGGCCAGGAGCAGCUACGCCGAUGCACAGGUCAAGCUCAGUUGACUACAACAUCCUCAUCCAAGGCGAGCUGACGCUUGUCUUGGAGGACGGAGCGGAGACGCAUCUCAAGAACCCCGGAGACGUCGUCAUUCAGAAGGGCACGAAUCAUCUCUGGCGCAACCCGAGCAGUGGCUGGGCUCGAUGGGUGACCGUGAUUAUCGAUGCAGAACCUGCGAUUGUCAACGGAGAGCCUCUGGCGGAUGUGUUGCCCCUAUAAGCGAGGUCAUGCGCGAGCUGUCCGAACGGGCCGGAUAUCUCUACGGUCCUGCACAGGAAAUGUACACUUCAUU